UUUUGUGUCAUUCUGAUUGGUAUUAUAAAUACUGCAGACUAUUGUUCUUAGCUUUUUUCGUCAUUUCUAAAUUUAUCGUUGCAUAUUUUUACUCUUCAAUGGUCAAAACUGACUUUCAAAUGUCCCAUUUUUAAAAACGAACUCAGUGGCAUUUUUAAAAACGAACUCAGUGGCAUUUUUAAAAACGAAUUCAUUUUAUGAGCUCUAGCUCGGACGAAUUAUUGCAAAAUGCUCUUUAUUUUGUUAAUGAUUGACAUAUGGCUAAGUGCAGCCCAGUCCAAAAGUUUUAGUUUCAAUUUUGGACCUAAAUAUAAUGACCAGUUUCUUACUAAAUCACUAUCUGGAUGCUCCAAGCCUUACAGUUUGCCUUCUGGUUUUCAAUUUGGUGGACAGCCUCGAAAUGAGCUUUUCGUUUGUGUGUUUGGAGUAGUAACAUUUGAUUCACCGAUGAAAGAUAAAUACGAUCCAAAUAAUUUUGAAUCUUCAACUACAGCGAUGAUAGCUCCUUUCUACGCAGAUUCAUACACUGUGGACAAUCUUCUAGACUCGAUGUGUAAUUUGACAGUUUAUUCAUAUCAAAGCGAUUAUCCACGAGAACCAAUAUGCGAUUUUUACACCGGUGGGUCGAGCUGGCAAACAUUCAACUUUAAAACACGGGCUACACGCGGGGAAGAAAAAACGUACAAUAAAAGUGAUCUUAGUUCGAUCACGAGCGAUGAUGAUUUCACGAAAGACAUUUAUGGAAUCGUUGGGUCCGAAGACCCGAACUUGUUCAACAAUGUUUUCAAACGUGAAAUGAGUUCAAAUGAUCGUUUAGACGCAAACACUUUGCUCGAAAACGAUAUCCAAGGGUUUUCAUGUGACUGGGGCUAUGUUGUGACGUGGAAUAAGGUUGCAGCGUUUCCAGGAAUUCUGGACGCUUUCAAUAGCUUCCAGAUGGCUCUGGUUUGCGGCACUGCGACGACAAGUGGCACUCAAAAACGGUGUUUUGCAAUUUUUCACUUCAUAGACUUGCAGUGGACUAUCGGUCUCUUUGGUUUUAAUCAAAGCCAAGGUAUCAGUGGGUUUAACAAUGGAAAUGGAAAAAUAUACACUCUGCCAUUCUCAAAAACACCUGCUGUUCGUAAUCUGUGGGCUUAUUCUAACAUCGGCAAUGACGGAAUUUGGGCGUUUGAGCUGAACGAAUCGGAUUCUUCUCCGGUCCAGGAGAUGGGUCCUCUUCCCAUUGAUUUGCUGGAUAUUCAAGCGAUAUGCGAUGGACCCUUGGAACCAUCUUUGGUGCAGAAAGGAAAAGAAAGUGUUCAAUUCACUGUUUCAGACUGCGAUCUCCCGCCCAAUUUCAAAGUGGGCUUGAAAUUUCAGAAAGAAGAGUCAGUUCGAGAGGCUACUUACGAUGCGAAUACUCGAGUUGUUACAACUGAUUCACUAGAUGUUAGUUUUACUGGACCUUCGGCUGUGUAUAUCACCCUUGACGAAGUGCCUUUGUCAGGGGAGAAAUUUUUGUUUGUAUAUACCCACAAGGAUUCAAAUUAUACGUUGGAAGUCGAUUCUGUGGUCGGCAGCAACGUUUCUGUAUCAUUUCAUAACUGCCCUAAAAACAUCACAGAUUUGAGCGUUAAAUACCCUAAUGGCACUACUCUGGAGGUUACAAUUCCAGCGGGCAGUUUACAGUACAGCUACAAUAUCAAUGAUACAUUCGCAAACAGUGGAUCAUAUGUCGUCGAAUUCUCAUUGAACGGAACAUGCGACUCUUUACCCAUAGUUCUUCAAUCGAAUAAGAUCGAAGACACUCCUUCGACAAGUUGCUUAGGUUGGGACUCAAAUGAAAGUCUGAACAACUAUACAUCGUGCACAGAACAACUCCGGGUAUGGUACCCAUGUCCUCGAUGGGUUAAAGAGCUUCCAGACAGGUUACCGACACGGGACGAAUGGUGGGCUCACCAAGAGGUUGCGAAUGGCAUAUCUGGAUGGGAGUAUGACAUCUGCUGCAACCAAAAUGACACCGAGACUCGAGCUAAGCUGGGCAGAUCGGGAUACUGCAGUAGCGAAGAGUGUGAGUUCAAGCGACGGGCUGCUGGUGAUUCCACGCCACAGUUCUGCAUCCGGUCGCCACAAUUGGCUUGCAAUGCUCAGAUUAACUCCAACCCCGAAAAUAUAAUGGUAUCUAACCAAUGUUGUUACGACGACGGUGAUAAUUUAAUAGAAUACAUCGAGUCUGUUACUACACGACAAGCGGGAAACAUGCAUCGUGAACAUAAUUCCAUUAAAAAUCUAGCUGCGCAUUACCUGAGUGAAGUCGAACCCUUUGAAGUUUGCUGUGAUAAGCGGCAUCAUCCAUCUAAUACUUCUUGCGAAGAUAUUUACAAAAAGCACCGCCCGACUAUCAUUGGCGAGUACUGGCCUCGUAACGUCCUCAUAAACAGAGGAGACCCCCACUUGCAGACAGUGGACGGAGUGAGCUACCCCUUCAUGGGGCUGGGGGUCUACAGGAUGCUCAUCACUGAUGACUCAUCUUCUAUCGGGGGUCAGACUGAACUACAAGCUAGCAUGCGGAGGGUCGGCAACGGGACUGUGUUCAGCGGGAUAGCAGUCAAACAUGGAAACACUCUCCUAGAAGUGUACCUUGACAAAAGUGCAGCUUUUAAAUUAGUGAUUAACAACUUCGAGAAGACACUGGGAGAAAUUGUCAGGGAAUAUAUCCUGGCCAAUGUUGCAGUGGAAGAGAGAGAUGAUUUGAAAAGCGUUCGAUUUCAGUUUCUGGGGAAUAUGUUGAUUGUGGAAGUGUAUGUGAUUCAGAACUUCCUCAACCUUAAGAUCUCAGUUCCUCCCUCGUUCAAGUUUCAGAUGAGGGGACUCCUGGGAUAUUACGACGGAGACCCAGACAACGAUUUCGAAGCCUCCAAUGGAUCUGUCGUGAAAGCGAAUGGCGAUUACUUGCACCUUCAUAAAACAUUUGGCGAGAGCUGGAAAGUGCCUAGACGAGAGUGGUUGUUCAGACAAGAAGAGACCAUAGUUUCCAUUGACUCCGACUUUGAAGAAGGACUCCCUUUUGAUCCAAACUACGACAACAUCAUCGCAAAUGAACAACUGCGCCUUCUCGCUAAUCAGAUAUGCCGGGGAGACUCUGCUUGCAUGUUAGACGUUGCGUUGGUCGGGAACAUCUCAAUCUCAGAUGCAUAUACGCAAUUCGAAAGUGACAUCGAAGCAGCUCGAUUUUGGAACGAAAACUUUCGUCUGCUCGAGAAGAACUAUUUUUCGAACUUUGAAUUUUCAGAAGACGAAACCGCCGACCGCACUUGGUUAAUAAUUGUCGGGACUUGUAUUGUUUCUGUUUUUCUGGUGGUAUUAUUAGUCUACGUUGUGAUGACGUGUUGUGGGCGAAAAUUGGGCGGAUUGAACAGUCAUAACAGAGUCGACGUAGCCGAUGAGUUCUGGCUGGACAACAGGAACAUCGAAGGAGCAAACUGGAAUCACUACCACACUGAGUAUCAGGAUAGUAAACAACUUGGAUGGUAAAUUGAAGCGAAAGACAAAAUAUCUUUGAAGUGAAACUAGAACAGAAACUUGAGCAACGCUUUAGAACAGAACCUUGCUUAGUACAUACGAGGCCAAACUGUAUUUUGUGAAUUGACAAAAAUUCAACACGUUCAACAAAGACUUGUCUCUGGACUUCAGUGAUCUACACACACAAAAUUGUGCCCCUAUCCAGAGCACAUUUUGGCCUCGUAUUUUAAUUGAAACUGCAGCUUCACAAAAUUGUUUUUUUUUUCAAGUUAAAUCAUAUCAAGAGCUUUAUUUGGAUAAAAAAGAAUAACCGGGC